AUGUCUAAAAGUACGCUGAAGGCUUUGCUAAAACGUGAACGGCAGUUAUAUGUCAUUUUUGAUGGUACGGAUAGAUUCAUCCAAACCUAUCAGAUUGAUAGUGAUCGGUGUCAGUUAAGUUCGAGAUUGCAAGUGAUUGAUGCAGUGUACAGCGAAUUCUUCGAAAUACGGUCAAAAAUUGAAAUUUUGCUGGAUGAAGCGGACGAGAAAGAGCAGAAAGAUGCUGACAGCGAAGUCAAAGGAGAGAUUGCCAAGCAACGUGAAGAGGAAAACGACAAGGUUCUACAGCAAUUCGAUGACCGAUACUUCGCCAUCCGAGGUGACCUCCUUAGACUCCAAGGUGAUAAGGAUGCCUUAGGUGUGAACACAACCAGCAACAGUCAGAGUCAGUCUGCGUCAGGAAAUACUUCGAGAGUAAAGCUACCAGAGAUACGUUUGCCGUCCUUUAGUGGAAAAAUAAGAGAGUGGAUUACAUUCCGGGAUUCCUUCCGAAGCCUUAUCCAUGACAACGAACAUCUGACGUCUAUGGAUAAGUUUACAUACCUUCGUUCCUCUCUACAGGGUGAUGCACUGAAGGAAAUCAACAACAUUGAGCUGUCAGAGGCAAACUACGACGUCGCCUGGAAAACUUUACAAGUUCGCUAUGAAAAUAAGAAGCUGAUUGUGAAGGCUCAUCUCGACGCUCUUUUCGCCCUCGAACCGCUUAAAAAGGAGAAUUAUGACGGUCUGAACUUCCUCAUCAGCGAGUUUGAGAAAAACUUGAUGAUGUUACAGAAAAUCGGAGAGCCAACGGAGUCUUGGAGCACAAUAUUAGUCUACAUGUUGUGUUCAAGACUAGAUUCUGCAACAUUGCGCCAAUGGGAGACGCAUUACGGGUCUAAGGAGGUCCCAACGUACGAUGAGCUGCUUCUGUUCUUGCAAGGUCACUGCUCUGUUCUCCAAUCAAUCACCUCUGCAAGAAAUCCACCAUCCGAAGCCCGUCAGACGAGAUCAACAGUUUGUAAUACAACCAUCAGAUCAGUUUCACGUUGUCCGUUCUGUGCAGAUCCAUGGCACUCACCGUUCCAGUGUGGCAAAUUUCAACGGAUGAAGGUUCCCGAGCGAAUGGAUGCUGCCAUUCGCAACAAGUUGUGUCGGAAUUGUUUGAUGCCAGGCCACUUCUACCGAAAUUGUGAACGAGGUUCUUGCCAUCAUUGUCAGCAGAAGCACCACAGUAUGUUACAUUCUAGAUCCUCCGUUCCACAGCCGCAGUUUUCGGCACAAUACCGACAGCAGAGUCAAACGCGUUCGGCGCAACAAAUACCGUUUCAAUCGCAACCGCAGCCAAUGAAUCAACAGCAACAACACAACUCAAGACCAAUACAGCAUGCGCACACCACAACACAGCAUGCACAAACCCACUCACACAACACAAACACAAAUCCAGACAACGCACAAGCCACCACAAGUCAGAAUUACGUAGCACUUCCGUUUACACCGUCUCGUAAUAUUUUACUGUCCACGGCGAUGAUCCGAGUCAAGGAUCGUUUUGGAAAUACACUUCUGGCACGUGCGCUGCUAGAUUCGUGUUCUCAGCAUUGUUUAAUGACACGUGAAUUCUCUCGUCGGCUGAAGUUCCAUGAAACCCCUACGUUUUUGUCGGUGCAAGGCAUUGGCUCCUCUCAAAUGGUUUCAACGAAGUUAGUUUCCGCAGAAGUUGGUUCUAGAUCCCCCAGAAUUUCUCAGUUUAAAGAAUGGAUGCAAUUUUUUGUACUGCCAAGGUUAACAGUUGAUCUGCCUACUGCUGCUUUUGAUCCUUCGAUCCUUACGCUGCCGAGUUCGGCCUGUUUAGCAGAUCCUGGGUUUUAUGAGUCUGGUCCAAUUGAUGUUAUUAUUGGAGCCGAAUUUUAUAUGGAUUUAUUGUCGGAUGGAAGAAUGAAGCCGUUAGAGAACGGCCCCACAUUACAGAAUACAGUUUUUGGUUGGAUUGUGUCUGGUAGAUUGCCCAAUAAUCAAAAUUCAGUUUCUCAGUCAGAAGUUUAUGUCUGUUCAGUCGGUGAUAUUCAAGAUCAGCUCACACGUUUUUGGGAGCUCGAAACAUGUCAUGUUCGCAGCGUUCAGUCGAUUGAAGAGUCAGCUUGUGAAGAGAUUUUUAAGAAUACUACUGUCAGAGAUGAGUCAGGAAGAGUUAUCGCCACGAAACGGUUUUUGAGUUUGGAGAAACGAUUAUCAAUGGAUUCUGAAUUGAAAAGGUCGUAUUCUGAAUUUAUUCAUGAGUAUCAGAGUCUUGGUCAUAUGUCAGAAGUUAUCGACAGCUCAAGUCAGUUGAAUGAAGUUUGCUACUAUUUGCCGCAUCACGCAGUUCUUAAGCCCGAAAGUACCACGACAAAGUUACGGGUGGUUUUCGACGCUUCCUGUAAGUCGUCGACAGGAGUCUCGUUGAAUGAUGCGCUUAUGGUUGGCCCGGUUGUACAAGAUGAGCUGAUCGAUAUUGUUUUGCGAUUCAGAUUGUGUCAGUUUGCGAUUGUGGCAGAUAUUGCCAAAAUGUACCGUAUGAUCCAAGUUCAGAAAUCAGACCAAAUAUUGCAGAAAGUUCUUUGGCGAGACUCCACCGAUCAACCCCUUCGCACUUACGAGUUGUUAACAGUAACUUACGGAACAGCGUCAGCGCCUUACUUGGCAACAAAGUGUUUGCAAGUCCUAGCCGAUCAGGGUUCUAAAACUCAUCCCUUAGCGUCGAAGAUUUUGGGUCGUUGUUUCUACGUCGAUGAUAUGCUUGCUGGAGUUGACAGUAUUGAAGAAGGUGUACAGUUAGUCAAAGAAAUGUCAGAAUUAAUGGACUCAGCAGAACUUUGGAAACUACAAUGCGGAUGGGAUGACGAGCUUACCGAAGAUUUAAAGAGCGCUUGGGAUGAAUACAGAAGAAAUUUGAUUGGGUUAGAUAAUGUGUCAGUACCACGAUGGGUGGGUGUCAGUAAAACAGUCAGUUCAUUACAAAUCCAUGGAUUUUGUGAUGCGUCAGAGAAGGCCUAUGGGGCCUGUAUUUAUGUCAGAACUGUGUCAGAAUCGGGAGAAACUGUUGUUCAAUUGAUGACCUCAAAAUCACGAGUUGCCCCUUUAGAGAAUCUCCAGAAAAAGAAGAAACGUCAGUCAAUUCCAAGGUUAGAGUUGUCGUCGGCAUUACUGCUUGCUCACCUGUUCGAGAAGCUCGUGAAAGGUACGGAGCUAUCUUCAUUCAAAUCGUUUUUCUGGACAGAUUCGAUGAUAGUCAAAUGUUGGCUUGCGUCUUCACCGUCAAGAUGGACUAAUUUUGUGGCAAAUCGUGUGUCUGAAAUCCAGCACAUUACACGGUCGGGCGUGUGGAGUCAUGUCGCAGGCACAGAAAACCCAGCAGAUAUCAUAUCGCGAGGAAUGACCCCCGCUCAGUUACAGUAUCAGUCUCUUUGGUUUCAUGGUCCCAGUUGGUUACGAUUGGAGGAAUCGCAUUGGCCUCAACCUCGACAAGUUUGCCCAGAAAUACCCAGUUCCAUGCUCGAAGAGAGAGGAGCUGUCACUGCCGUCGCUGAUUCUUUGACAACCAAUGAGAUAUUUGAAUUGAGAGCCUCACUUGUAGAUUCAAUUCGGUUGACCGCGUACUUUUUGCGAUUUCGCUUCAAUGCGCAAAAGUGUAACAACAGUAACAGAAAAGUCGGAUAUUUGUCAGCUUCAGAGUUAGAAGAAGCCCUUCAGUGCUUAGUCAGAUUGUCCCAAAAAGAAAGUUUUCCGAAAGAAUAUACAGAUUUGUCGAAUAACCGUCAGAUUUCAGUCAGUUCAAAGUUGCUGUCUCUCAAUCCACGCAUGAUAAAUGGACUAAUUUGUGUCGGUGGUCGAUUAGAGAAUGCAGCAAUCUCUGAAACGAGGAAACAUCCGUUUAUAUUGGACUAUAAACAUCCGCUUACCAGAUCAGUCAUGUCGUAUUACCAUGAGAAGUUGUUUCACGCUGGACAGCAGCUGUUGAUCGCAACAGUUCGUCAAAAGUUUUGGCCAAUUCAUGCAGGCAGUUUGGCUCGAGGCGUUAAGCGCCAGCACAAUAUUGUGCACGUUCCGCAUAAGGGUUAUCCUCGGUCAGAUGCAGUGCGCCUAUCGCAAAAUAAGGUUGACAGGUACCAAUCAACCUUCUCGUCCAAGCAGAGCAGCGUUCGGCAGGCUUGGCCAGCAUUGCCACGCGCAGCUCGGGCUGAAGACCUCGCACAUCGACACCAAACCGUUGAACACACCAACAAGGCAGGAAACGAAGCGUCUGAGGAGUCCGCGGAGGCCCACUGGCCUCCGCACCAGGUCAUCCUGUUACCGAUCUUCACGUCAUCGAGUCGUAUCACACAUGGCAUUGCAUCGCAGACCAGCAUAAACAUCAACGCAGUUCCAUGUUCAGUCCAACGAGGUUCAUCGGGCUUGAAUCCAUCGUUAAAUCCAUCAGCAACAGAGCAACAACAGUCGUGGUCAUCCUUCGCAACCUAA